AUGGUAAAUUUUUCAGUGGAUCAAAUCAGAGAGAUUAUGGACAAAUAAGACAAUAUUAGAAACAUGUCUGUCAUUGCCCAUGUUGAUCAUGGUAAAUCAACACUCACAGACUCAUUGUUAUGCAAAGCUGGUAUUAUUGCCUCCAAAGUUGCUGGUGAUGCAAGAGCAACAGAUACCAGAGAAGAUGAAUAGGAAAGAGGUAUUACAAUUAAGUCUACUGGUGUUUCACUUUAUUAUGAAUAUGACAUUUAUGACAAUAAGACCUUAGAAAGAUUUUUGAUCAACUUGAUAGAUUCACCAGGACAUGUUGAUUUCAGUUCAGAAGUCACAGCUGCCUUAAGAGUUACUGAUGGUGCAUUAGUCGUUGUUGAUUGUGUUGAAGGUGUUUGUGUCUAAACAGAAACAGUGUUGAGAUAAGCUAUGCAAGAAAAAAUCAAACCAGUUGUUAUGGUUAACAAAAUUGAUAGAGCUAUUUUGGAAUUAAAACAUGAUGGUGAAACUAUGUAUUAAAAUUUCGUCAAAGUUGUUGAUAUGGUUAAUGUUAUCAUCAACACAUAUUAAUAAGAAGACAUGGGUGAUCUUCUUGUUCAUCCAGAACUUGGAUCUGUUUCAUUGGUUCAGGAAAAGAAUGCUGGGCUUUCUCAUGCACAAGAUUUGCCAGAAUCUAUGCUAAUAAAUUCAAGAUUGAACCACUCAAAUUAUAAGAAAGAUUGUGGGGAGAUAAUUACUUUGAUGCUGAAGGAAAAUGUUGGAGAAAAGACAGUGUUAGUGGAUCAGGAAAACCAAUGA